CUUACUUACACACCUUACUACCACCACAAUCAACAACACAACCUAUUUCCCCAAACAAACACCAUCACCGGACCUUCCACUCGACCAGAUACCUACAGCAAUGAAAACCAACUAAACACAUCCACCAAACACAAACACAAACACCAGCAAUAAACACAACCCGAAGAAUCAAAAUGACAAACCGCCAAACCACCACGCCCUUCCACCUCAAACUCUUUUACCGCCAAAACACCUACCACCCACUCUCCGACUUCUCCUCCACUCCGACUCCAAAUCUCCCAUCGCACCACCUCCAAAUCUACACCUGGCAAACCUGCACCCUCCGCGAACUCGCCCACCUCCUCACCUCAACCCUCCCCACCAUCCUGCCGGACCCCGCAAUCGGCACCCGCCUAAGCUUCCGGCUCAUCUACCCGGACACAAAAGGCGCAGCCAUGAAUCUGUCGAGCGGGAGAUACCUUUCCAAGGAGAUGGGGAGUGUGGUUAUUGCGCCGAGGGGGUAUGAUGAGUCGUCUGACGAUAAUGCCAAUCAUAAUGGUGGUCAAGAGGGGGAGGGCGCACCGAAGAGUGCUGCUGGCGCAGGCCCGUUCCGGAUGAGCGGCGCGGACGCCGACAAGACGUUGCAGGAUUUCCGGUUCGUCAUUGGUGAUUAUGUUGAUUGUGCGGUUUGUGUGCCUUUGGAGGAUGGGAGUGUUGCUCCUGUUCCGGCUGUUUCUGGGGGUGCGAGGGAUGGUGGUGGGGGUGGUGGGAUGAGGGCGUUUCCUUCGGGACGUGGGGAGAGAGUUCCUGAUGGGCAUGGGCAUGGGCAUGGACAUGGGAGACGGGAGAAUGGUGGGAGGGAGAGGGAGAGGGAGAGGGAUCGUGAUGGUAGGAGGGGGUGGAUGCCUUAUUGAUUUUCCUUCU